UCAGUGAAGGGAAUUGCAGAGGGGGGUGGAGGACACUGAGUGGAGGUCAGUGAAGGGAUUGGCAGAGGGGGGUGGAGGACACUGAGUGGAGGUCAUGGAGGGAUUGGCAGAGGGGGGUGGAGGACAUGAGUGGAGGUCAUGGAGGGAUUGGCAGAGGGGGGUGGAGGACACUGAGUGGAGGUCAGGUGGAGGGAAUGGCAGAGGGGGGUGGAGGGACACUGAGUGGAGGUCAUGAAGGGUAUUGGCAGAGGGGGGGUGGAGGACACUGAGUGGAGGUCAUGGAGGGAUUGGCAGAGGGGGGUGGAGGACACUGAGUGGAGGUCAGUGAA